AUGUGCUCACCGAUCGACCCGUUUCGUUUUCUCAUUCCUGAUCAGACGACGAUUAAAGCCCAUAAGGGUCGCCGGAGAUCGACGCCCUUCCCUCCCCUCGUGAUAUCAACCACCACUGGAGCUUCCAUCGAUGAAUUUGAUUCCUUUGUAUGUGCAGUAAGCAUGAAGAUGAUAAGCUAUAAUCAUAUUCCAAAAUCAAGUAUUUUAAUUGUGCACCAUUUGAUAUCUACCCUUACGUUUUGCAAGCCUCUAACACCAGUACUGAUUUCAAAUCAAAACCAGAAGAGAAUCAAUUUCAUCACGAAAUUACAAUGUUCUGUUUCCAGUAGACCAUAUGCAUCAAACUCAUUAGACUCCAAAUCAAAAUCAGACUCUGUUCGUAUGAACCGAAAACAAGGAGGAUCCUCAUCAAUAUACAGCCGUGCCAGCUUACUAGAAAUGAAGAACGAAAGGAUUGCAAAUCGAGCACGUGUUUAUGAUUUCUUAAAAAGUAUCGGUAUAGAACCAGAUGAGCUUGAUAGGUUGGAGCUUCCUGUAACAGUUGAUGUCAUGAAAGAACGUGUUGAUUUUCUUCACACAUUAGGGUUAACAAUCGAAGACAUAAACAAUUACCCUCUUGUCCUUGGUUGCAGUGUCAAGAAAAACAUGAUCCCAGUCCUUGAUUAUUUAGGUAAGUUGGGUGUUAGGCGAUCUACUUCGACAGAUUUCUUGAGAAGAUACCCUCAAGUUCUUCACGCCAAGUGGUAG